AUGUAUGGAGGUCUUCAGUUCAUGCUUUCAGAAUCCCCACGAGGAGGCAGCCAUACGGAAUUCCAGGUACCCAUGCUUAUCAUGAGCGAUCACAGAAGUGGAGUUGUUGGAAAACAGCCGUUUGAUAUGAAAGAUCUACCAGAGCCUAACAACGACAAAACCAAACUAGAUCAGCAAUCAGAGCUAUGCAGUGUCUUAAAUUAUCAGGACUACGUUCAACUCUAA